AUGAUGUUCGUUCGAACAAUACUGUUGGAACUUGUCGUUUUAUGUUUUACGAAUUUGGCAUUCGCAGCACCAGACCACCCACUCAUUACUCCUAAGCCAAGGGCGCCGACAGCUGCCCAGCUAGCAUACAGACAAGAUGAUACUGGACCCAACCCGUAUGGCUACAUAGGAGGCGACAUCAACUCUCCGCUCGCUUGUGGUGCAGGCUUUCAAUUCACUACAGAUGGAGAGCUCGGGCUUUGCUGUAACCAGGUCGACUGCACGAGCAUAAUCGCGACCUGCGUUGACAAGAAUGGUGGUCUGGAUAUUUGCUCUGGCGCAUAUAGUGACAUGUGUGCGUUGUCGUCUAUAAGCGUACUCCACUGCAAGUCUCCAGCACCAUCAUGUUUUCGGUACAUGCGAAUCACAGACGCACAAGAUCUAAAUCCUGCUUACGUCCAUCGCUGUGGAACGGCGUCCGAUGACGUGACUGUAUUUGUUACGCCAACUAAUGAAGCUGCUGUUCAGACUGAAGACCCAUCUCCAACAGCCCCGAAGACAUCCAUCACCCAGCAGAAUGUGGCUGCCACAAAGACUCAGGGUGCUGCAUCAGGCCCCACAAGCGGUGCAGAUCCUGGAUCGCCCGGAACUUCAAAGGGAACGGAAUCUUCGGGCAUCUUCAAGGGGAAUGCUUGGAAAUACGCGGUGAUCGGAGUAGGAGUAGUGAUUGUGAUCUUGGUGCUACUAGUCGUCAUAUUAUGUCAUUGGAGACGUUCGCGAAAGGUCAAACCUGCUCUACCUGCCGGAGGAGGUGUUGCACAUAGCCCCGCUGGGAUCCCGUACUUGGAUACAGUGGCUGGAAGCGUUGCUGGAGAUAUGGCACCUGAAAAAAGAGCGUUUGUUGGGAGAUGGACGCAGUCACAAGCUGGCGGUCAUCCGGAUGCUAUUUCGGAGACGGAUACUCUGGUUAGCAGAGGUUCGAGAAGGAUAUGA